CCUCAUCAAAGAGGUUGGGGCCGAACCGCACCGUUUCGCCACCCUCCCCAAACCCUAGAAAUUCCUCCCAGAUUCUCUGCCCUCGCCGGCGGCCAUGUGGAACAUCGCGAAGUCGGCGGAGGCGAUGUUCUCGCGGUGGGCCGUCAAGAGAGUCUGCAAGUUCGUGCUGAAGAAGAAGCUGGGCCACUUCAUACUCGGCGACAUCGAUGUCGACCAGCUCGACGUUCAGUUCGCCGACGGCACCAUUCAGCUCACCGACCUCGCCCUCAAUGUUGAUUUCCUUAACCACAAGAUUGGUGCAGCAUCAUCAGUGAUGAUAAAAGAAGGAUCUAUUGGUUCGUUAUUGGUUAGGAUGCCUUGGAAGGGUAACGGUUGUGAAGUUGAAGUAAAUGAGCUUGAGCUUGUGCUGGUGCCCUGUACAGAUAAGAGUUCUCCAGCUAGAGCUGAAAGUGGUAACCAGAACCAAGAUAGUAGUAACACCGGCAAGUUUGAUGGUGAUAUGCUGGACAAUGCUGCGAAAUCUACCAGGGAUGUGCAUGAAGGUGUUAAAACCAUUGCAAAGAUGGUAAAGUGGUUGCUUACCAGCUUCCACAUAAGGAUAAAAAAGUUGAUUGUUGCCUUUGAUCCUUGUUUAGAGAAAAACGGAAAGACAUCAGGGUCUCUCUCAACCUUGGUUCUUCGAAUUUCUGAAGCAGAAUGUGGAACGGGUGUUUCUGAAGAUGCUAAUCAAAAUGUUGAUUCAGGAACUGAGAACUUUCUGGGGAAUAAUCAACUAACCACCUUUGUCAAGUUUCAAGGAGCAGUACUUGAACUUCUUCAAAUGGAUAAUGAUGAUAAUCAAAAAUGUAAUCCGCGUGUGACAGAAAGAACUUAUGGUGACUUUAUUUCAGUGGGCCGUCCUCCAGGUGUUACCACCCCAAUCAUGAUCGGGAAAGGAGGUGGAUUUUCAGGGAACUUAAAAUUAACUAUUCCUUGGAAGAAUGGAUCUUUAGACAUACGGAAAGUGGAUGCAGAUGCUUUUAUUGAACCUGUAGAAUUAAGAUUUCAACCAAGCACCAUAAAAUGGGUUUUACUUGCCUCGGAAGUAUUGAAAAGUUUGGAGCGGGAUCAGAGCAAUCAUACGCCUACUGAUUCUAUUUUCCUGGAUUCAGCAUCUCACUUUGGUUCAGUGAUAUCUGCCUAUUCUGCAGCAGAUACGGUGACUCCAGUUUGUGGUAAUUUGUCUGCCGAGUCCUCUUCUUUGACAUUUCAAGAAUCAGUCACGGGUCUGCUACCUGGUUCACACGUUAUAUCAGAUUGGGUACCAUAUUAUAUGAAUAAAAACAAAAGCAAUGGUAUGGAGGAAAUUGAUUUUGGGGCAAGUGUGGACCAGUUUUUUGAAUGCUUUGAUGGAAUGAGAAGUUCCCAGUCAGCAUUAGGAAGUAGUGGGAUGUGGAAUUGGACACGUUCUGUUGUCAGUGCUAUCACAGCUGUGUCCAGCCUUGCUUCUGGGUCUUUGCAUGUUGCCCAUGAACAGCAGCCAGUUGAGACCAAUCUUAGAGCAACUUUAGCUGGGAUUUCUGUGUUAUUUCCUUUCCAAGAUGAACACCAGAAUAUAAAUGGCGAUUUAGGUUCUAGUUCAGAUGUUCUGUACCUGUCAGUAGAAUCCCGAGAAAUCCUUCUUGUUAUGCAGGUGUCUUCUAGGCAUAUGAGUUUUGAAGGAACAAUGGACCAAAUUGAGGUUGCCAGUUACUCAAGUCACAAAAACAGUACCUUGGAGUUGGGGUUGCAAGGGUGUAACAAGGUUAAUAGCCAAACUUCAUUAAUUCAUCAUCUUCAAGAUGAUGUUCAAAGUGUUCUUCCUUUGCAUGCCUCAUCUUAUAAUUCGGCUGAAUCAAAUGGUUUUGCUGCUGAAGGUUUUCCAUUUGGUUAUAGAGAUGAUCUAGUCAGAAUUACAUUGCUUAAAACGUCAGGUGUCGCUUCAUGUCAAUGUACUGUGAGUUGUAGUUCAUCCGAUGGGAGUUCAACUAGACCAACAUCGUUUUCACUGAAACUGCCACACUUUGUUUUGUGGGUGGACUUCUCUUUGCUACAUAGCCUAUCAGAACUGUUGAAGGAGAUUGGAAAGACUGUUGAAGUGAAUAACCAGGCUGAGUUUUCUAUGGAGGCUCUUAAUAAGAACAGUGGAUCGCCUCAUAGGGAUCUUAGACGAGCUUCUAGUUGUGUCACAACUUUGUCUUCAACAGAUAGUGUGCGAGGUGAUAUAUUCAUCCCAAAUGCACGGAUAAUUCUUUGUUUGCGUUCUAAUGGUGGUGAAAAUGCUAGAUGCUUUUCUUCCUGGGAUCAAUUUAUUGUUCUCGAAUUUACUUCACCUUCGAAUUGUUGGAAAGGUACUAUUCAAGACCAUGGUCCUUCUGUGGAUGCAUCUUCAGAGAAAAGGUAUUCAUCAACAGUCACACGUUCUUUACAGUUGAAUGUUGGUGAUCUUGAUGUUUUCCUGGUCAGUCCUUUAAGUAAGGAUAAUGCAGUAAUCAGAUCUGGCAAGAUGCCGAGGCUGAAACUUACUGCACAAAGAGUAAUCUCUGUCACCAACAGAAAAGGCCGUCUUUCUGUCAUUAGUAUGCUUUGGCAAGAGGGUUAUGUGACUGGUCCUUGGAUGGCAAAGAAAGCUAAGUGCCUUGCCACUUUGGAUGAUUCAAGGAGAAUCUCUAAAUUUGUGGGAAAAGAUCACGAGUUUGCUUCUGUAUCAACUGUGAAAGAUGUCAAGGAUUUAAGCUCCCAGACACGACAAGAAAUUAUCUUGAGCUCUGCGUUUUUCCUACAUAUUUGUCUACCUGCUGUUACAAUAAAGUUAGACAAUCCUCAAUAUAAAGAGUUGUGUCAUCUUUUCGAUCAAGUGAUGAAUGACAUAUCUAGUGUGGAUGUCGAUUCUAUCGAUGAUAAAAAAGAAUCUUCCAUGCCUCAGACAUCUGUCCUUGUGGACUGUGACUCUGUUGAAAUAUUGAUUAACUUGGAUGUGAAGGAGACGGUCCAAGGCUCGAUGCAGAGUGAACUUCCUGGGACUUGGAGUGGUCUUAGACUGAAAGUUCAGAAACUUGAAAUACUAUCUGUUUCGAAUAUUGGAGGUAUUCGAGGUGCCAAAUUUUUCUGGUUGGCACAUGAUGAGGGCAAACUCUGGGGUUCUAUCACUAGUAUACCUGAUCAUGAGUUUCUUCUGAUCACAUGUAGCAACUCGACAAUGAAACGUGGCGAUGGAGGAGGUUCAAAUGCAUUAUCAUCAAGACUUGCUGGUUCUGAUAUCGUACAUUUGUGGGAUCCCACAGAUUUUCACAGUUCUACAUCUAUAACUGUCAGAUGUGCCACAAUUAUUGCGGUUGGGGGUCGCUUGGACUGGCCAGAUGCACUAUGCUCCUUUUUCGUUAUUCCUGCUGAGAUUGACCAGGCAGAGGAAAAGUGUAAUAAAAAGGACGAUGCACCGUGUGGAUCUUCUUUUGUGCUUAACUUGGUUGAUAUUGGAUUAAGCUAUGAACCUUACCAAGAGAAUAUGGUGGUCAGGAAUGAAGACUCCAUGUCCAGUUAUUCGUCCGUCAAAGGGACUGGUGAGGAAUAUGUUUCUUGUGUUUUGGCCGCAUCUUCCUUGAAUCUUUCUACUUCGACCGUUGCAGAGUCUGCAGAAAUGACCUACAAUAUUCGAGUGCAAGAUCUUGGGCUUCUUCUCCGUGUAAUGUCAAAGCCUGAGGAUAUUCGUGGUGCUUACAGUGCAGAACAUCUUCACAAAAUUGGGUAUGUAAAAGUUGCUAGGGAGGCACUUGUUGAAGCAAAUUUGAGAAUGAACUGUAAAAAUGGUCUUCUCUGGGAGGUAGAAUGUUCAAAGUCUCACAUUUUUGUGGAAACAUGCCAUGACACAAUGUCUAGUCUGAUUCGUUUGGCUGCUCAAAUCCAACAGCUAUUUGCUCCUGACAUGGAGGAAUCAUUCGUGCAUUUGCAGACGAGAUGGAAUAAAUUUCAGCAGGAACAAGAGAGGAGAGGUUUUGCUGAUGAAAUUAGGAUAUCUGAUAGUGAUUCUCCAACUGCACAAUUGCACACGUCUGGCCUAGUAACAGGGAAAGAGCUUCCGUCGGUUGGGCUAAUGGAUGAGAUAUCUGAAGAUGCAUUUCGAGAUUAUAAUCACACCAACAAAUAUGAUUCAUCGGAGUCCCAAAUUGGUUUAUCAUCUGAUGAGGACCUUGGAGAGGCUUGUUACUGUCGUAUUGGAACUCCCGAUGUUUGCUUGCCUGGUCCAUCUCAUGACGGGUCUUCUGUUGAAUCAGAAAGUAGUCAAACAUCAUUCCUACAAGAGGGUAAUGUUUUGCAGUUAAUAGAAGGGUAUUGUUUGUCUGAGUUACGUCCUCUUUCAGAAUUGUCUGUUGGCAGACAAUCAUCUCCAGAGAUUGUGAAAUCCAAGUCCAAGAAUGCCAGGUUUGGAGGUGGGUCAAAAGAAAAUCAUGGAUGGUAUGGCACCUCUGCAAACAUUUUAGAAGAUCAUAUUCCAAAAAUGAGUGGAAGUAGUAAGGAACAAACUGUCGAAGACACGCUUCCUUCUACAGGCAGUACAAAUUGCAAUGAUGUAGGGAAAGCCAUUGGACGUGUACUUCUUAAGAACAUUGAUGUUAGAUGGAGAAUGCUUGCUGGAUCUGAUUGGCAGGAUUCUCGAGUAACUGGUCAGCGGUCGGGGGAUUUUAGUGGAAGGGAUGCUACUGUAUGCCUGGAGUGCUCACUAUGUGGCAUGGAUUUUCAAUAUGAUGUUUACCCAGUUGGUGGAGUAUGUGUAUCUAAGCUUUCUCUUUCAGUUCAAGACUUUUAUCUAUAUGAUAAGAGCAAAGACGCUCCUUGGAAACUGGUGCUUGGAUAUUACCAUUCAAAGGAUCGUCCUCGGAAAUCAUCUUCAAAAGGAUUCAAGCUUGACUUAGAAGCGGUCAGACCAGAUCCUCUGACACCUCUUGAAGAGUAUAGGUUGCGAGUUGCAUUCCUCCCCAUGUUAUUGCAUCUUCACCAGUGCCAGCUUGAUUUUCUCAUUGGCUUUUUUGGGUCAAAGAGCUCUUCAGUUGAUCAGUCUUCAGGUUGUUAUCAAGAUUCAGAUGGUUCAAAUGCGUUGCCAAAAAACAAUAAUAAUCUUGCAGGGCAUGCCAUUGCAGAGGAGGCAUUUCUUCCUUACUUUCAGAAGUUCGAUAUAUGGCCUAUUCUUGUUAGGGUGGACUACAGUCCCAGUCGUAUUGAUCUGGCAGCAUUACGAGGUGGGAAGUAUGUAGAACUUGUGAAUCUGGUCCCCUGGAAGGGGGUUGAGCUACAACUUAAACAUGUGCAUGCUGUUGGUAUUUAUGGCUGGGGCAGUGUAGGAGAAACAAUUAUAGGGGAGUGGCUAGAAGAGAUCUCUCAAAAUCAGAUUCAUAAAAUAUUGCGAGGUCUUCCUACCAUUCGGUCAUUGGUUGCUGUUGGUACUGGUGCUGCAAAGAUGGUUUCUUUGCCAGUUGAGCAGUAUAAGAAGGACAAGAGGGUACUCAAGGGAAUGCAAAGAGGUACAAUUGCAUUUCUCAGAAGUAUUUCUCUUGAAGCUGUUGGGCUUGGAGUACAUUUAGCAGCUGGGACUCAUGAUGUUCUGCUCCAAGCUGAAUGUUUGCUCACAAGCGUUCCUCCUUCAGUGCCCUGGUCAGCACCACACAGAGUGAAAUCAAGUGCUAGAUCCAAUCAACCAAAAGAUGCCCAACAUGGAAUUCAUCAGGCCUAUGAAAGUCUCAGUGAUGGCUUGGGGAGAUCUGCUUCUGCCUUGGUUCGGACACCCCUGAAAAAGUACCAGCGUGGAGCUGGUGCUGGUUCAGCUCUAGCAUCUGCUGUUCGGGCAGUCCCUGCAGCUGCUAUAGCUCCAGCUUCAGCAUGUGCAAGUGCUGUACAUUGUGCUCUUCUUGGCUUCAGAAAUAGCAGCCUUGAUCCUGAGCGUAAGAAAGAAUCCAUGGAGAAAUAUUUAGGUCCCCCUCAGCCAUGGGAACAAAACUGAUGAUUUAUUAAAUGGUCAUGUAAGUUUGAGCUUCUGCUCGCCUGGGGUAUAGAGUGGGAUCAAUACUGACCCGUCUGACAUAUCCGUCCCGGGAAUUGAACUUGCUGGUAUAUGGGAUCAAGCAAAGGUGAAUGAUUGGUUCAAGGUGUACAGUUGCUUUCUAUCCGUCGUGUGAAUUGAACUUGGUGGGAUACGGACUCGAACAAAAAAGUUGUACAGGUUCCAGUACGAUUGCUUCAAGGUGUACAGUUAGACAGUCAGUGGAACUAUUGCCGACAUUUGCUCCAUAGAAACAAAAGAUGGUAGGUAGUUUGUACAAAGGGCCUUUACUUUACUGACAAUCCUAGUACAUGUGUUUUUUGGUGAAUUGUAAAUAUGUUCCAGUGGGCAUAGUUAGAAUCCCAUUGUUAUUCGUUCAAAAUUGUAAAUAUUCAUUCAAAAAUUAUUUACCAAUGAGGAAUGAGCUAUGCUGGCAGUCGAUAGAUAAGCUGUGGUCUCUAGGCAAUGAUCUAAAUAU